GGGUGCGCGCGCUUCCUCGCGCACGCGCGCACGGAAGAGAGGACGGCGGUGGUGACGCUGCUGCGGCGGACGCGGCGCGCGUUUCCCGUGUCUUGGGAGCAGUGCCCCGGCCCCCCGCCUCUCCCGCCGCCGCCAUGUCCGGCCGGUCGGUCAGGGCCGAGACCCGCAGCCGGGCCAAGGACGACAUCAAGAAGGUGAUGGCGGCCAUCGAAAAAGUGCGGAAAUGGGAGAAAAAAUGGGUGACCGUGGGUGACACUUCCCUUAGGAUAUUUAAGUGGGUUCCUGUGACGGACAGCAAGGAGAAAGAAAAGUCAAAAUCGAACAGUUCAGCAGCCCGGGAACCUAAUGGCUUUCCCUCUGAUGCCUCAGCCAAUUCUUCUCUCCUUCUUGAAUUCCAGGACGAAAACAGCAACCAGAGUUCGGUGUCUGAUGUCUAUCAACUCAAGGUGGACAGCAGCACCAACUCAAGCCCCAGCCCCCAGCAGAGCGAGUCCCUGAGCCCAGCGCACACAUCUGACUUCCGCACAGAUGACUCUCAGCCCCCCACUCUGGGGCAGGAGAUCCUCGAGGAGCCCUCCCUGCCUGCCUCAGAAGUGGCUGAUGAACCUCCCACCCUGACGAAGGAAGAACCCGUUCCGCUGGAGACACAGGUGGUGGAGGAAGAGGAAGACUCUUCAGGUGCUCCGCCCCUGAAGCGCUUCUGUGUGGACCAACCAGCGGUGCCGCAGACGGCCUCAGAAAGCUAGCGCCCUGCACGUCGCCCUCGCUCCUGCCCCGCCUCUUAUUUAUUGUGCUCUGGUUCUGGCCAUGCUGUGUUGCUGGGGUCCGGAGCCUGCACAUAGGAGCCUUCUGGGCUGGAAAACUGACUGAGGACUUGGGGUGGUCGCGCCAUCUUCCUGACCCUGGCACCUGUGGCUGCUUGCUCCUGAGAAGAGAAGCAGUCCUGUCCUCUUUGCACCCCAGGUAGGUGGUGCCUC